CAGCAACGUGGGGUGUAGCCUGCAAGACCACCAUUCAAUUCCGUCUACCACAACCACUCGCAUUCCAUCAUCCGACCUUUACGAAUGCUGCAGAAUAUCUGAAUUAAUUCCACAAGCCAACUGGCUUCUAAUUUUGUCCCCUGAUCCUCUCCGCAAACCGCCAUCAACAUGGCCUCCGCCGUCUUCUUCCUCGACCUAAAGGGCAAGGUAUGGUCGUGCAGAUGUUGAUACUACCAAACCACUUCAUUGACCAAUUCUUGCAGACCCUUUUGGCUCGAAACUAUAGAGGAGAUAUUCCCAUGUCCGCCGUCGAAAAAUUCCCUAUACUAUUAAGUGAGGCAGAAGAAGAAAGCUCCGCGGUGCCACCAUGUUUCUCCGACGAAGGAAUCAAUGUAUGCUAUGAGCAACAUAGGUUGGAGGGAAGUGGUAUGUGCUGAUAUGUUUGCCAGUACCUCUAUAUCAGACACAACAAUCUCUACCUCCUCGCCUUGACCAAACGAAACACCAAUGCCGCGGAAAUCCUCCUAUUCCUCCACAAACUCGUCGAAGUCUUUACCGAAUACUUCAAAGAACUCGAAGAAGAAUCCAUACGCGACAACUUUGUCAUCAUCUACGAACUGUUAGACGAAAUGAUGGACUUCGGAUACCCUCAAACCACCGAGUCCAAAAUUCUACAGGAAUACAUUACACAAGAAUCGCAUAAGCUAGAUAUUACUUCCAGACCUCAAGCAAGACCUCCGAUCGCUGUUACAAAUGCAGUGUCGUGGCGAUCAGAAGGUAUUCGGUAUCGCAAAAAUGAGGUAUUUCUGGAUGUUGUGGAAUCACUCAAUCUUCUGGUUUCGUCCAAUGGAAAUGUUCUCCGAUCUGAGAUCCUGGGUGCUGUCAAAAUGAAAUGUUACCUGUCUGGAAUGCCCGAGUUACGUUUAGGUCUGAACGAUAAAGUUAUGUUCGAGACAACUGGAAGAGCGACUCGAGGGAAGGCCAUUGAGAUGGAAGAUGUCAAAUUUCAUCAGUGUGUACGUCUAUCACGAUUUGAAAACGAUCGAACAAUUUCGUUCAUUCCACCAGACGGAGAAUUUGAGUUGAUGUCAUAUCGUCUGAACACACAAGUCAAACCAUUAAUUUGGGUGGAGUGUAUCGUGGAAUCGCAUUCAGGUAGUAGGAUCGAGUAUAUGCUCAAAGCCAAGGCCCAAUUCAAGAGACGAAGCACAGCCAACAACGUCGAAAUUAUCGUUCCAGUUCCAGAAGAUGCCGAUUCACCAAGAUUCCGAACCAACAUCGGAAGUGUACAUUAUGCACCAGAACAGAGUGCAAUUGUCUGGAAAAUCAAACAAUUCGGUGGAAACAAAGAGUUUUUGAUGAGAGCAGAAUUGGGAUUACCGAGUGUGAAAGGUGACGAUGAACACGGAGGUGGUAUGACGGGUGGAUUUGGUGGUAGUAUGGGUGGCGUAGGGGGGAAAGGGGCGAAGAGACCCAUAAGUGUGAAGUUCGAGAUUCCUUACUUUACGACUAGUGGGAUUCAAGUGAGGUACCUGAAAAUUAUUGAGCCUAAGGUAUGUUUUACCCUUCCCUUUUCUUGCUUGGAAAUCAUAUGAUGCUUUCAUGCCUGAUUUAUUUCGAAUUAUGUACUAAGACGUAAUACAGCUGCAAUACCCAUCUCUUCCAUGGGUUCGCUACAUCACGCAAUCCGGCGAUAUCGCUGUCCGAUUACCAGAUGUUAGCUGAGCACUCCCUUUUUGGCGGAAUAAAAAGACAAGAAAUUCUUAGCACGGAUAAUAAGUGGUAAAGAAAAAUGCAAGACGGCCAACUCCAGGAAAGGGGGUUUCGCUUGGAGGGGUGGAGUAGGGAGGAUAAACGUUAGGCAUUUUCUGGGCGUGGGAGCAUGGAGUUGUGAUUCCUCUUUUUUUUUCGGUGUCCUUGGCGUGGACGAUGUAGAA